CACUGUAGGACGUUGACUUUCAUCAAUCCGAGUCAUCAUGUCUGACACGCGGUGAAGAGUGUGCCCAGCGGCUCAUUCUCUAGUACACCCGUCGAACUCGAAAGAAUCUCGGUUGCAAGCUUGACAAUCGCUGCACAAUGGCCGACGCGGCGCGUACGAGGCUGCCGCCGGUGACGUUCACCGCCGAUGACACGCAUGAGUACCGCAGCAUCGCCGACGAAAGCUUUCGUGAAACUCGCGCUCUGUAUGAAGCGUUCCUGUACGAGAGAAUGCAGACGCUCGAUAUGCGUCGGUGGAAACAUAUCCGGACUAGAGGCACAAUGAAAGUCUAUCGCCAGCGAUCGGGUAGGAACGACACAAGCUUCAACUCGAGUAUUUCAACCUCGACUUCUGUCACAGCCGUGUCCUCAGUAUCACCGUUCGAGGAGGACGACGCGCUGUUGAUCGGGCCUGCGUCGUCGCUCUCAGUGGCCACCAAGAUCCCCGUAGUAGUGUGCACAGGCACGGUUCAGGGCACUCUGGACGACGUCAUGUACGGCAUCUUCGUGCACGACACAACGUCUCUCCGAAGACGCAGCGUCUACGGCAAAGACGGCAUGGACGACCUGGUGAUGUUGGGUACACUAGAGAGUCCUACCGAGCAGAACCCGUUCGACUUCCUUGGUGUGGCCUGGAUACUCUACUCGGCUACGGGUCUAGGAGCGAUCGUUAAGCAGCGAGACUACGUCGUGCUCAUGAGUACUGGCUUCGCUACUACGUCGCGUGGCGAGCGGAUCGGGUACAGCAUCGCCCAGUCCGUAUCCCACCCGGACCUGCCGGAGUUGAAACACCUCGGUAUUGUCCGUGCUAAUAUGUCCUUCUGCGUCAUCUUCCGACAACAGAGUGACCAGAUUGUGGAGUCUUUCGCACAUACAGUGAUCGAUCCGGGCGGCACUGUGUUCUCGUUUUACGUAUUACAAGAAAUUGCAAAUAGUAUCUUAGGUAUGGGCGCUCCGAUGGAAUGUGCUCAAGGCAAGAAAUUGCGAUGGUAUUUGCACAAAAUGAUGGCCGAGAAGCGAGCUGCCGACGUUUUCGCUACGUCCAAGUCUUCGCAUUCUUCGUCAUUGUCCUUACUGACGGCUACCACUAGGAUGACCGAGAGUGAAGAUCCGACGGUGUGUUGGUAUUGCCACAAGUCGAUUGGGAAACUCUUCUCGACGCAAAGUCUGCAAUGUACAAUUUGUCAUCAGUGCGUUUGUAAGAACUGUAGUGUCAGCAAGAAACUCGUGGUGCGAUCAAAGCACGCCAAGUCGGGGAUGGCAGCGCAUGCCUACACUUUCUGUCUCGGUUGCUUCCUGGCUUCUAGGCAACUCUCGACCGAGAGCAUUCAACGCGAAGAAAUAGUCUACAAGCGCUUAGGUAGGUAAUUCGCCCAACCAAAUACCGUGACUUGACUCAACCGCUAUUUAUCAAAGCCUAAAAGAACUGAAGUCUCUAUUAUACUCGUUCACGAUGAAAUCGUGGUGGGUUUGUCACUA